UUAUUAUUUUUACCUGCGUUCGUAAAGUAUGUCACUUACCAGCAGUCAAAAUAAAAUAUAUAUAAAUAUUUUUGCAAUUACCGGUUUAUAAAAAUAUAAUUUGAGAAAUUUAUUUUUCAUUUUAUUUUCACUUCAUUAUCAGCAAAAAAACACGUAUGUCAUUAUUGACAUUAUUUCAGAAUUCAAUUGAGAAUUUCAUACGAUUAACUUUUGUUAAAUAUAUAUAUGUAUAUAUAUGUUGAGUAUUUAAUUUUUUCAUAUUCACUGUACUGGUAGCAGGUUACAUUGUAGCAGAUUGAUAGCAAUCAUUAAUCAUGAGUUUACAGUGGACAUUGAUCGCUUCAUUUUUGUAUGCCGAGAUAUUUAUAGUGUUGUUGCUGGUAUUGCCGGUAGCAUCACCAAAAAGAUGGCAGUCAUUAUUUAAGUCAAGAUUUUUACAGAGUCUGAGUAAUCAAGCUUCGUUUUACUUCUUUAUGCUUCUUGCUAUUCUAGUAUUGUUUUUACUUGACGCUAUCAGGGAGAUGAAUAAAUAUUCAAAGUUAGAACAUACUGAACAUGGUCACCUAGAUGCUGAAAUGCAAGGAAGCAUGCGAUUAUUCCGAGCCCAGAGAAACUUUUACAUUUCCGGGUUUGCCCUAUUUUUGAGUUUGGUAAUACGACGUCUCGUGCUUCUAAUUUCUACACAGGCGACUCUUUUAGCACAGAGUGAAGCAGCUCUGCGCCAGGCCCAGUCAGCAACCACUACCGCAAAAAGUCUAUUGUCACAAAAAGGCGAGACAGCACAAAAUGACAGCAAUGAAGCUCACGACAAACUUGUCACUGAUUUGAAGUCUCAAGUGUCCGAGUUAUCGCAAAAAAAUACUGAGCUCGAGAAUGAACUCAAGCGAGAGAAAAGAGAUAAAGACGCGCUAAAGUCUCAGGCUGAAUCUCUCGCCAAAGAGUACGACCGGCUUACUGGAGAACAUGCUAAAUUAGUUAAAGCUGAGGGCGGGGAUAAAAAAAGUGAUUAAUUAUUAAUAUGUUACUCGAUCAAUAAUCAUUUUCAUUGUUUUUAAUACUACAUACUAUUUUUACUUACUCCCAACUGAUAUAUUUUAAAUAAUUAAUUUAAUAUCUGAUACUCAUC